AUGUCGGCGGAAAACACAGCAGACAACCCAGGGCGCAUUGUGUUUGUUAUUUCAUGGUUUCUGUUCUGUGUCCUUUGGUUGACGGUUGGCACUCGUAUGGUGACGCGAUGGACCUUGACUCGUAGAUUCGAAGGUGAUGAUAUUGUCACCUGGAUCGCUUUGCUACUUGGCAGUGCACAAAUAGCUGCGGUGACUGUGGCAGUUUACAAUGGCCUUGGACAAAACAUAGCUACCUUGAGCGCCUCGCAAAUAUCCCACUUUCAGCAGUCCCUCUAUGCCUCAGAUAUAUUGAGUGUCUGGACGUUAGGCCUUUCCAAAAUUGCUGUUCUUCUUCUUCUCGUCCAAGUGACACCGAUCGAAUCCCAUUUACGACUGGCUUUUGGGGUGGGUAUCUUUGUUCUUCUAUGGGCGCUGUCUGCUUUCCUGGUGGUUGCCUUUGAAUGCCAUCUUCCACACGCCUGGCAAUUUAUUGGCAACCAAUGUGUGAACCGAAAUCUCAGCAUCGUCACUAGCUGUGUCCCCUACCUCAAGCCAUUUUAUCUCGGUCUCGAGUCUGGACUGAUGCAGUCCAACGACCCACUCCGCACAAACAGUCGCAAGUUUAUGAGCGCAUACACCUAUUCAGACGCAUAUGCCUAUGCCUAUCAUCGUCACAAGCCCGAUCCUAUCGCGCGGGAGUCUUCCGGUAGCAAUGGAAAGGGCCCAUCUCCGGAGAGAGAUAAUACCGUCGAUUCAGAUCAUGACAGCGUCAUUGAAUUAUAUGAUCUCAGUGAUUAUUUGGACGAGGGACACGCUGACGAAGACAACUUAAUGACGCAUUCUUGA